AUGCACGCUACCGACGACGAGACCACCACCAUCCCCCGAUUCCCUUUCCAGCGGGCCUCGGCAUUUGAACCCCCUGCAGAGUUUGCUCGCCUCCGAGCCAAUGAACCAAUCUCUCGAGUGGAACUCUUUGAUGGGAGCUUGGCGUGGCUGGUGGUCAAACAUGAGGAUGUAUGCAGGGUAGCUACGGACGAGAGACUCUCCAAGGAGAGAAACAGACUUGGCUUCCCCGAGCUGAGUGCCGGUGGUAAGGCUGCAGCCAAGAAUAAGCCCACGUUUGUUGACAUGGAUGCUCCCGCACACAUGAACCAGAGAAGCAUGGUGGAACCUUUCUUCACUGAGGAUCACGUGGAGAGUUUAAGACCUUAUAUCAAAGAGACUGUUCAAGGUCUUUUGAAUGAUAUGGUGGCUAAGGGAUGCGAGGAGCCCGUCGACCUGGUCGAGAAGUUUGCGCUUCCCGUUCCAUCUUACAUCAUCUACACUAUCUUGGGAGUUCCGUUUGAGGAUCUCGAAUACUUGACUGAACAGAACGCCAUCCGCAGCAACGGCAGCGGCACUGCCCAAGAAGCGGCGGCCGCCAACCAGCAGCUGCUCAAGUAUCUUGCAAAGCUUGUGGAUCAACGCCUCCAAGAGCCCAAGGACGACCUCAUCGGCCGCCUAGUUGCCGAGCAACUCGUACCCGGGCACAUUGAAAAGUCCGACGCCGUGCAGAUCGCUUUCCUGCUGCUUGUGGCGGGAAAUGCGACCAUGGUCAACAUGAUUGCUCUGGGCGUCGCCACGCUGAUGCAGAACCCCAGUCAACUCGACGAGCUGAAGGCCGACCCGACCCUUGUCCCUGGCUUUGUGGAGGAACUAUGCCGCUACCACACCGGUUCCUCCAUGGCCAUGAAGAGAGUGGCCAAGGAAGAUAUGGAGCUCGGUGGACAACUCAUACGUGCUGGAGAGGGUAUCAUUGCCUCGAAUCAGUCCGCCAAUCGGGAUGAAGACGUGUUCCCCAACCCCGACGUAUUCGACAUGCACCGUGAUUUCGACUCUCGUGACGGGCUCGGGUUUGGAUUUGGCCCACAUCGUUGCAUCGCAGAGUUGCUAGCCAAGGCCGAGCUAGAGACCGUUUUCGAAACCUUGUUCGCUACCCUGCCGGACUUGAGAGUGUCGAUCCCUCUUGAUGAGAUUGAGUGCACGCCGCGGCACAAGGAUGUUGGCAUUGUGAGACUGCCCGUUGUUUGGUAG